CUCUCUCUCUCUCUCUCUCUCUGCAGCUUCCACAGGCCCUAAAUUUUUUUUUUUUUUUUUAAUUUAAUUUAAUUUUCUAUAUAAUCCCUAAGCGAUUCCGAAACCCUAAAUUUUCAGCUCGCACUGAGCCGGAAAUGUCGCCGGCGGCGGCGGACGCCCGGUCCCCGAUUACCUCUAAACCCUCCGGCAAUCCUCAAAACCCUAAACCUUCAUCGGAGGAGACGCCUUCCUCUAACCCCUUCAAUUUCAAUGCUGUUGGUUCCGACGGUCCGUCGUGUCCAAAUGUGCCGUCACGAUCAGCUCGGCCGCGGCCGAGGUUGGCGAAGCAGAGGAGGAAGCAGCAGGCGAAUGCGGGGUCGAGAACUGGGCCGGCUGAGACGGCUGGGCCGGAGGUCAACCCGUUUUGCUCGGUAAGUGGUGGUGGUGGUGCUGCUACUAGUGUUUUUAAUCAGUUCAGUUUUCCGAGUGGUGGUGUGGGUUUUGUGUUUGGCGCUACAUUGAGUGGUGUUGAUGAGCGGGCUCAGGUGAAUAGUGGGGAUGGUAGAGAGUUCGGUGAGGUUGAGAGUGUGAGUGCUAAGCAGGAUGAUCCUCCGGGACCGAGUUCGUGUGGGGAGAGGAGAGAAUGUGACACUGAUCAGAGUGGAAAAGAGAUAUUCGAGUGUGAUCAGAACCAUUCAGCUCCGAAUUUGAGUGCCGAAAAUGGAGAAUCGGCAGAAUGUGUUGAGAAACUCGGUGAUUUUGGGUGUGCUGCAGAGGUAGGACAGAGUGAAUAUUGUGAAAAUGAGGGGAAGUCAGGUAAUGACUCUAGUGGUAUUGGUUUUGUGUUUGGUUCCGGUUGGUUUAAUUCAAGUUCAGAUUUGAAUUCAGGAAAGAAUAUGGAAAAAGUGGUUGAUGAAGUUGGCAGGAAGAUGAGAGUAGAGAGUGACACCGAGUUUGAGAAAGUGAAAGUUAAUUCUUUCGAAUUUCAUAGUGAGGAGCGCUGGAGCUCAGACAAGGUUCAUGAUGAGGGCAUUUUUGUAUUUGGAAGCAGCGGUAAGAAAGGUUCCAGUUUGACGGAUUCCAAGGUAGCUAAUUGUCAAGAUGAGGUGAAAUCAAGUGAUGAAGGAGAUUGCAAGUCCAAUUCAAACAGUCGGAAUGAUAAUCUGAGUUCUGAUUUCAGUAGCAAGUGUAAUCUUGUAUCUGAAACUAGUGAGGUAACUUGUGGAGAUAAUCAUAAAAGUACUGACCAUGUUGUAUUUGGAAGCGAAAGUAACACGGCUGGUACCACCAGUGGGAUUUCUAGUUCCACUGAGUUUACAUUUCAGGCAGGACUUGGUGAUAGUGUUGAUGCAGGCCAGUUUCCUGAGUGUCAAAUUAAUAAACCCAAUGCAGCUGCUGGCCCAUGUUCAUUCUCAUCAAUUGGUCUUGGCAUCCAACUAAAUGGUUGUGUUUCUGAAGCAGCUUCUGCGGGUGGAGUAAAAGGUAAAGAUGAAAGUAGCUUUACUAGCUCUCCAGAUGGAUUUGGAGUGUGCUUUGAGGACUUCAACACUCCAUUGCGGUUUCCUGCUUGCCUCAAAGAAAAUCUAUUUCCUGAAAUAAAUAAAUCAAACAUCAGUAUGAAGGGUAGAUCGGUUAGGGACAAGAGAUCAAGGAAAACAAGGGGAAAGUUGAAGAAACCUUCUCUGAGUAAGCAAUGGCCAGCACAAGAUAAUGUUCCCAAGGAAAGUAGUUCCCAAGAAACCCCAGUCUCACCUGGAUGUGGCUCACCCAUGGAUUUCUCUCCAUAUGAGGAAACUACAGUUGCUAAUCCACAUUCGAGGGAAUCUUCUACAGUGUCUAAUGACACCUUCCACCUAGUCAGUAAUACUGCACCUUGUGGCUCCGAUGCAACAGUUCCUAUUGGACCUAAUGGUGAUGAGGGAGAAUUUGCCGCUAAAGGUGAUCAGAUAUAUGGUAAGGCCACUGACGAGAAUUCUAGGUAUCAUGGUGAAAGAAUAUUUGUUGACAAUUGUUCCUCCAAAGGGUCUGGUUCUGGAGCUGAAACUCCCUGCUUUAGCUCCAAUGGUAUCAGUCAUGCUGGUAAGGAUUCAGAAGACGUUAGAGCUGAUAAUGGUGUGAAUUUAGAAAGUCAAGAACAGGAUUGUGGAACACCGUGUUUUGCUUCUGGUUUGGAAAAUAUGGAGAGGAAAACAUUUACCUUUGUUGCAUCAUCUUCUGCAGAAGGAAGUCCAAUAGUGGCAAGGCGUCUUCUGCGCAGAGCGAAAAAUAAGAAGAAAGUUGGUUCUAAUACGUUUGUUAUAACUCCAAGUCCAAAUGUUCAGUUUGGAGGUUCUGACCAAUUUACACCCCACUCUAGCACACCAUUGUCUUUUGAUGCGGUAGGAAAAUCUGAGCCCCAUGAACAAGUACCGAAAGUGCAUAUCCCUUCUACUGAGGCUACUCAUGAGACUUGUGAGAAGUGGCGAAUUAGGGGCAACAAAGCUUAUAGGAACAAAGACUUUUCAAAAGCUGAAGACUUUUACACACAGGGAAUAGUUUCUGUACCUUCAAGUGAAAGAUCGGGAAGCUGCCUUAAGCCUCUUUUACUAUGCUAUAGCAAUCGUGCAGCAACAAGGAUGUAUAUGGGAAGGAUAAGGGAAGCUUUAGGGGACUGCAUGAUGGCCACUGCACUAGACCCCAACUUUCUCAAAGUUCAAAUGAGAGCUGCAAAUUUCCAUCUUCUUCUCGGCGAAGUUGAAAAUGCCCAACGGUACUUUAAUAAUUGCUUGGAAUCCGGAACUGGUGUGUGUUUGGAUCGGAGAAUUGUAAUUGAUUCUGCUGAUGGCAUACAAAAGGCUCAGAAAGUGGCUGAGUAUACGAAUCGCUCUGCCAAGCUUCUGGAACAGAGAACUACAGAUGCAGCUCUCAGUGCCUUGGAAAUUGUUUCUGAGGCCUUGUCUAUUAGUGAAUACUCGGAAAAGUUACUUGAAAUGAAGGCAGAGGCUUUGUGUUUGUUGAGGAGAUAUGAAGAGGCAAUUCAACUGUGUGAACAGAGUAUGUAUUUUGCUGAGAAGAACUUUUCUUCGCUGAACAGUGUAGUAAAUAUGGAUACUGCUGGAUGUGAAGAUCAUCCAUAUGCUAGGUUGUGGAGGUGGUUCUUCAUAUCCAAAUCUUACUUUCAUUUGGGAAGGUUUCAGGCAGCUCUUGAUUUACUUGAGAAGCUAGAGCAAGUGGGAUCUAUCAAAGACAGGUAUGCGAGUAAGAAUCUGGAAUCAUCAAUUUCAUUAGCUGUCACCAUACGUGAACUGUUAAGCCACAAGGAUGCAGGGAAUGAAGCAUUUAGGUCAGGAAGAUAUACAGAAGCAGUGGAGCAUUAUACUGUUGCUUUAUCUCGCAAUAUUGGAUCUCGGCCAUUUUCUUCAAUCUGUUUGUGCAACCGUGCUGCAGCACACCAAGCUUUGGGUCAAAUUACUGAUGCCAUUGCUGACUGCAGUCUUGCAAUAGCUCUUGAUGGACAUUAUGUUAAGGCAGUUUCUAGAAGAGCUACCUUACAUGAGAUGAUACGGGACUAUGGACAGGCUGCUAGCGAUCUCCAAAGACUUAUUUCUGUACUGGAAAACCAAUCUGGUGACAAGGCCAAAGAACCUACCUCACAAGGUAGCUCCAAUGGCCGUACACAAGAAUUACGGAACUCUUAUCGACGUAUGCCUUUAAUGGAAGAAGAAGCUAAGAAAGGAAUCCCCUUGAAUUUUUACCUCAUUCUGGGAAUUAAAUCAUCUGACACAAGUUCUGACAUUAAGAAGGCAUACCGUAAGGCUGCUCUCAAGCAUCAUCCCGACAAGGCUGGUCAGUUCUUGGCAAGAAGUGAGAGUGGAGAUGAAGGGCAACUCUGGAAAGAAAUCUCUCUCGAGGUUCACAAGGAUGCUGACAGACUCUUUAAAAUGAUCGGAGAGGCAUAUGCAGUACUUUCAGAUCCCAACAAGCGCUCAGAAUAUGAUCUUGAGGAAGACAUAAGAAAAUCAGCAAAGGAAAGCAAGGAACGUGGCGUCUACAGAAAGUCUUCAGAUUUUCAGAGUCCUAGACGCAGCAGCUAUAGAAAACCAGAUUUUUAUAGCUCUCCAUUCGAGAGAAGCUCAUAUUGUCGGAACAGUAGGGAGGGUUGGAAGACAUAUGGAGAUUCGUAUUCACGAUGGUAAAAGGAACUUGAGAAUUGAGUUCUGUACGAGUUCUGGGUUGGUUUUGGAGUGGCCCUAGGUUUCAUAGCCAAUCAAUUGGGAUUGUGGUUCUGGCAGCUGGUGGUCAGGGAUUACUUCCAUAUGAAUGCAUUCAUUCAAAAGCACCCGCCUUCUUUCAUCUCGCAGCUAACUGCUCAUAGAUAUGGAGAUCUUGAGCUUGGUAUCCAUAUAAUUUACAGGAAAACAGAUGAGGUAAAUUAGUUAUCUCAAUACGACAGCAAUGUUUGGAUAUAUAACUUACUACUGUUAGCAGACAACUUGAGCCUGCACAUUUGAUCUUCAGCAAGUGCUAGCCGGGAUAGAAGAUAUUUUGUUGGGUUCGAUGGAAAAGAAAUAGGAUAAGUUGUAAAAUCUACUUGUUUUUGUAUAAACGUUUUUCUUUUCUUGGGUAAUUUGUUUGUGCUCCCAGAUGUUAUAAAUGCACGUUUAAAGCUUCAUAAUGGAAAAGUUGUUCCCUGCUAGUCUA